AUGGCCGAGUUCAAUCGCAUGUGCGGCGAGUACCACCGCGACGUCGCUCGACUCUCUUCUACUACCGCCUCGACUCCGAGUGGAACUUCCGACUUAGAACUGGUGCAGAGUGAUGCCGGGGAGUCGCUGGUUUCGUCAAAGGCGCAGGAUCCGCAGGUUGGACAGGCUCAGCAUGAUAGACAGGCUCAGCAUGAUAGACAGGCUCAGCAUAAUGGACAGGCUCAGCAGGUUGGACAGGAUCCGGAGGGUGGUGUAUGGUCGCCGCCCGUUGGAUUGGUUGAUUUCAGCCAGUUUUUGAAUGAGAACGAGGUGCCCGAGGGAUGUGCCGGAUGGGAGCAGUUCUUGAAUGGACAGAGUGGGGUCGAGCAGUCUGGGUCUGCCAAGUGA